AAUGGAGCCACAGGGGUGGAACUGGACCUUGAAUUCACUGCAGAUGGGGUUCCUAUCCUGAUGCAUGACGAAACGGUGGACAGGACCACUGAUGGCUCUGGAAGUUUACGUGAAUUGACAUUUGCUGAUAUUCGACAGUUUAAUCCAGCUGCUAAACAUAGAUUAUGGAAGGAUUAUCGUGGGGAAAAAAUACCAACCCUAAAAGAAGCUGUUUUGGAAAGUUUACAUCACGACCUCAUCAUCUACUUUGAUGUCAAGGGACAUGCAAAUCAGGCAGUUGCAACCCUGACAAAGCUCUACCUAGAAUAUCCACGGCUGUACAACACCAGUGUGGUCUGCUCGUUUAUGCCAGAUGUUGUCUAUAAGAUGAAACAAGCUGACAGAAAUGUCAUAACAGCUCUGACCCACCGGCCGUGGAGCCUCAGCCACUACGGGGAUGGGACGCCUCGCUAUAAAGCUUUUUGGAAACACUAUUUGUCUAUGGCCCUUGAUGUUGUCAUGGACUGGAGCAUGCACAACUUCCUAUGGCAUUUAUGCGGCGUUUCUGUUUUCCUGAUGCAGAAAAAUUAUACUUCACAGGACUAUAUAAAUAGAUGGUCUUCUAAAGGGGUUCACGUUGUCGCUUGGACCGUCAACACGCUUGCUGAAAAAAUGUAUUAUGAAAAUGUUCUCCAGACCACCUAUAUGACCGACAGCUUACUAGAGGAUUGCGACCCUCAUUACUAGCUUGAUCUUCAACUACCGAUUGGCUUCAUUAAUCAGACUGGAGUUCAGGGGGACUUUUAUGAUUUUAUUUCGCGAAGGCUGCAUCACUUCCCUCAGGGAGAGAAAAAUGAUUACAUUUCAGGUCGCACCCAAACUCCUUCCUUUUUGCUUGGAUGGAGAUUUCUCACGGGUAUCACUUUUCCUCCAAGAAAGAAUCAGCAUUUUUAGUCAAGUAGAUAACGUGCAGCUUAAAUGGGGAAAAUAAAACACGAUAUACUACAAGGUAGGCAAAAUUAAGGGGGUUGGGAAAUGAACUUCUUGGAAAACGCACAAAUGCUCCAUUUUUCCCCUGGGCCAUCCCUGGUUGGGCAGUUUCUCGGAAGCAAAUCCUCCAAAUUAGAAAUGGUGUCAAGGUGUUCCAGGGGUCUCCUUGCCCCCAAGCAGCUUUAUUUUAUCCAGUUCAGAAAAAUGGCCAGUUACCCCGGCUGCAUCAUUUAGCAACAGAAAUUCUGGCCCCAGUUGCUGUCAGAAGUUGAGGACUACCCGUAGUGAGUUUGAGGAGAACACUUCCAACUGGCUAGCAUGCAAGUAUUUUCUCUCUCCUGCCCAUAAGUUCAAGGUACAGUUUUGAUAAUGCAAUUAAUCUCUUAUCAAUACGUAGCAAGGCAAAGUGCAAUAUAUUUUGAUGUGAUCGGGCACUUAAUGGAAGCUGGGCGUGGGGGCUUUUCACAGCUGCCAGGGCUAGGAUGAUCAAAGCGGGGUGCAUUUCUUGUGGUUUUGAAAGUUAGCUUUUGUUGAAGGUUGCAUUUCACACUUGAAAGAAAUGUUUACAUCGCAAUUGUUUGUGUAAAACCUGAAACAGUCCUCUAGACUGCUUUUUUUUCCCCCAGUUCUUUUCAGAAUUGAGACUUGCUCAAAAUCGAAAGACUGCCAACCAUUUGUAAGGAUCGCUUCCAUCAGGAUUGAAAAUGUCCCCUCAUAAAGCAUCACUGUGUUAAAAGAGUACAGCAAUAAAGGUUUUUGAAAUAAUUCUAGAGGACUGUUGUAAUGGAAACCACUACUAGAAAAAGAGAGAAAACUGGUGAUAAAUUAUCUCACACAUGCAGGUUAUUCGAUUAUCUGAAAAUGUGACAUUAAGAAGGUGCUACACUAGUGCAAAAGCGAGUGCCUUAAAGUUUUGCAGUCAAGCACAAAUAAAAUUUUUCAUAUUUCUUAAGCAAUCUGUCACUUGGAUAAUUUGGAUGAAGCUGAAAUGGGCAUGAGGCAGCUGCCAUUAAUUUUGUUCCCAAAGAAAAUGUGAUUUAUCAAUUGAUGUAUAAAAUGCAGCUGCUAAGUCAGACAAAAUAUGUAUUUGCGGUUAUAAUAUUCCAAGAUUCAUUUCCCCGAUACAUCACUGUUUAAACUGAAAUGAAUAUAAAUCUGUUUCUGCCUUUUUUGCCAUGCUGCUAUACAUGGUUUUUUUUUAAAUCAAUGUUUCCUUUAUUAUUCUCUGUACUGUACAAAUCUCUCUAUAAUUUCUGUAAAACAAAAAUCCUGAUAAUUCAAAGAAAUAAAUUUGGAGAGAAAAUAAUGAUGGUGUUUAAGGAAUUAUUACCCAACUAUCAGAUUUCCAUAAUAAAAUAAAUUAACGUAGACCUUUUCCUCAAAUGUAC